AGGAGCGACUACAAAUCUUAGUCAAGAGUUUGAAUUUUGGAAUAACGUACGUAUAUAUAGAAACUUGGCUGAGAUGUUCUAUUGUUGCUUGCUCGAUCGAAAGCUUCCCCCUUCCAAAAGAAAGCUCAAACCCCAGCUUUGGGCCUUUGGCUAGAUCGAGGUGAUCGAUCAGGCUAUAGUACUUGUAGAAAUUUAACAUUAGAAUAUUGAAAUUCAAGACAGAUGGUUUUCCAUUGCUUGCCGUGGAAGUUUCCCUUCUCUGUACCGUAAGUUAUGCCACUUUUUCUCCCCUCAUAUACCCCCCCAAUCAAUGGCUCGGUUUUCCACUCUACUAGAAGAUCGAGAUCAUAUCGAUCGAUAUUUCAUAUUUGUCCUUCAAUGGACCGCGAGGAGAACAGACAACCAGCUCCCAGGAGAUUAAUCCCCUUAAUUAACCGGGUCGUUGAACAAGUCCAAUCAGAUUUGGCUUUAGCAAUUAUUUUGCAAGAACAAGAGAGGGCCUUCACGAGGCUCGCCACCAUUGAAAGCACCUGCGAAGAAGAUGAUGAAAGUAAUGCUUCUGAUGAUGGAUACUUCGAAAGCCAAGAAGUUCAAGCCGAACUUGAGUUUCUUGAGGGAGAAGAAGAAGAAGAAGAAGAUAGCGGCAGCAGCAGCAGCGCCACUGAUGAUGAAGAAAUGGAUGAAUUAUCUUACGAGGAGUUGAUAGCACUAGGAGAGUUUAUAGGAGAAGAGAAGAGAGGAUUAUCGACGAGCGAUAUUCCUACGUGCUUACGUGCAUGUAAAUGUAAGCCCGUUGAGAGCAAAACGGCCGGAGGCGUUGAUCGGUGCGUUAUUUGUCAGGUUGAGUAUGAAGAAGGUGAAGCCCUGGUUGCUCUUGCUUGUGAGCAUCCAUUUCAUUGUGAGUGUAUAAGCCAAUGGCUUCAAAUUAAGAAGAUUUGUCCAAUCUGUAGCACCGAAGUUUCACCAGUACCCAAACUAUAUACUUCUUUAUAACCCAAUUAAUUUGCACUGUAAAAUGUAUUACUGUUCAAGAUAUAUGUGUGUGUGUGUGUGUGUUUGUUAGCAUUUUAAUGGAAAUUUGAUUUAAUUUA